AUGCCUACGUUCUCCCAGAUAGCCACCGGCCUCGUGGCCGCCGAGCAUGUCUACAUCCUCGUGCUGGAAAUGUUUCUCUGGACCACGCCACGCGGCCUCCGGACAUUCAAGAUGGACAGGGACCUCGCGGAGAAGACCAAGGUGCUCGCGGCCAACCAGGGGCUCUACAACGGCUUCCUGGCAGCGGGCUUGGCGUGGAGCCUACUGCACCCGGCGCCGGGGUUCGCGCACCAGCUGCAGCUAUUCUUCCUCUCCAAUGUGGUGCUGGCCGGCGCGUACGGCGGGGCGACGGCGACCAAGAAGAUCUGGACGGUGCAGAUGAUGCCGGGUCUUGCAAGCUUUGCGCUGACGUAUUUCGGGCUAUGA